UUACAGUCAGGAAACAACCCUGGGCAUCUUGAAGGAAUCAGUGAGCACUUUGCUUAGGAUUCGGGCGGGCAGUGCUCAUCACUGGAGACACUGCAGUGACCUUGUUCUGUGGGCGGCUGUCACCUCCCGCUGAGUACUAGAGGGGGCAGCGGAGGAGGGGAGGGUGUGGUCUCACCGGCCUGGUCCUAGCCCUGGAUGUCCAAGCCUCUGGCCUGUGAGCUGGCCGCGCUUUCUGAUUCCAGAAGUCUCAUACCUCAUCCUACCAGUGCGGAGGCUGGGAGCUGGCACUCCCAGAUCAGCCCCGUGUCUGAAGUGGGUGCAGGCCGCCCACUUCUUCACCCUGCAGCUUUAGAAGGGAACAUCUGAAUCUCUUCAAAUGCAAAAAUGGAGGCCCAGGGCAGGGCAGUUCCUUUCCCAUCCCGGGUCCCCUCGGGAUGGACCUGAUGAGUGUACCCCAAACUCCCUCCUGGGAAGGCCCUGGUCCGGGGAAAGUGCUGCCCUCUCACGGAAGGAGGCACCGGCUCUGGAGCCGCCAGCUGGGCCCCUCUGAGCGGAACCCCCAGGAUAGGAGUGUGAAUGGUUCUGCUGUCCUGCUUUUGGUGGUGCAGGGGGUCGGACCCAUGGCCCCUGGAGUCUGCAGCUUCAUUCCAGCAGCCCCCAAAGCUGCAGCCUCCCCUCAAGCGCUCCUCCCUGCCUGCCGCCCUCUGUCCUAUCGUCUUCCCCACGUUCCUUUGUCGCCCAGGUUCCGAUUCUGGUACCAUGGCUCCUGGUGCUGCCAGAGUUCUGGUUCCGGAAGGCUCCUCCCUGGAGCCCUGGGCCUGGCUCCCACCGGGGCAUGGGUCGCACUGAAGACAUGGGCAAGAGCAUCCCCCAGUGCCUGAGGCAACUGGACAUCCGCAAAAGCGUAGUGAGCCUGGCCACGGGCGCUGGGGCCAUCUACCUGCUCUACAAGGCCAUCAGGGCCGGCAUCCAAUGCAAACCGGCCCUCUGCAACACCUCACCCAUCUGCAUCGCCCGUGAGUGUCCGGGCUCUGGGGAGAGGGCUGUGCCCCAGGAGGCAGCUGCUCCCGAGGCCGCCCCUGAGGGAAAGCCCGAAGGCCUGGUAAUCGAGCGGGAGCGCCACGGGCGGGACUCAGGGGAGCUCCGGAGACUCCUGGACUCCUUGGAGUGCAAGCAGGACGAAUACUCCAGGAGCAUGAUCCUGCACAGCAUCACCCGCUGUGUGUACCUGCUGGAGGCCGAGGCCUCUGCGUGUACUACCGACGACAUCCGAUUGUUGGGUGACAUACUGGACGACAACAACAACAACGUCAAAAUCCAAGCUCUGAAUGCACUGAAAGCCUUCUCUGGCAUCCGGAAAUUCAGGCUUAAAAUCCAGGAGCACACCAUCAAAGUGCUGGAGCUGAUCUCCACCAUCUGGGACACAGAGCUGCACAUCGCCGGCCUCAGGCUCCUCAACAACCUUCCGCUGCCUGACUUCGUGCACCCGCAGCUGCGCCGGGUGAUGCCCGCCCUAAUGGAGAUCGUGCAGUCAGACUACAUCCUGCCACAGGUCCAAGCCAUACGCUUGAUGAGCUAUCUGGCGCAGAAGAACGAUCUUCUCUAUGACAUUCUCAACUGCCAGGUACACUCCAACUUCCUGGACCUGUUCCAAGCCACGCAGCCAGGAACUCUGCUGUUGGAGCUGCUGGUGUUUGCCGAGCGGCUGAGUGAGGGCCGGAAUUCGCCCCACUACCGAGCUGUGAAGUGGCAUUACAAUGAACAGUCCCUGCACGAAGCGCUCUUUGGGGAUGAGUCACGGCUGGCAGACCGGCUGCUUGCCCUGGUCAUCCACCCCGAGGAGGAUGUUCAGAUCCAGGCCUGCAAGGUCAUAGUCAGCCUGCAGUACCCCCAGGACUUGAGAUCCCGGUCCUCCUCCUGCCAUCCCAGUCAUUCCUACUAUAAAAACGGGGAAUAAAAUUAAGAAGAACCAAUAAAUGUGUAUGAGAGAAA